UUUCAAUCCAUCAGGUUAUUAAGAGGUUCCGUUUGUGUUCCUUGCCUCACUCGGCACAACUUUUGCGCUUCUUCCGCUACGGCUUGAAGAUCUGACAUCUCGGGCCACCUGAUUCGGUUUGGGGGCUGCCUGACUCUCUCGAGACUGAAGGCUCUAGGCCUGAUAUAACAUUAACGCAACCGUGGCUGCGAUGGAGACUGACGAGUUGAACGGUGGUGAGGACCUCGGUGUAAUUGAGUCGACCCCGGAAGCUACUGGCACGCCGGUGGAGCCGGAAUUAGCCGGUGGAAACUUUAUCAAGGUUUCUGCAAGGGGCAACGUAAAGGCAAUUGCUGGUAAAAUAGCCCACAGCGCUCGGGAGGGUGAUCCACCUGCAGCGCUGUGCAUCGGCGCGGAAUGCAUCAACCUGGCCGUCAAGGCAAUCGCCAUCAGCCGUACCUACCUGACCGGAGAUAACAUGGAUUUGUCCUUCCAACCGGCCUUCCGGGACGCGGACCGCUCAAAGAAGAGCCUGGCCCUUUACAUGGCAAAGACCAAGUCCCGGGCACCCAUCUCAACCGUGGACGAUGUAGAGAUGCCAAUUGGCUCUCAAAGCAAGCCCCAGGUUGUCGCAGGUGCCCUUGCAGCCCGGGUUCGUGAGCAGCGCGCCGUGUGCCUGACCGCCAUCGGCAUUGACGCCGUGUCCAACGCGGUGCUCGCCAUCGGCAACGCCCGGCUGUACCUGGAGCAGGACCGCAAGGAUAUCCGCGCCAUGCCGUCUUUUGUGCAGGUGCACAAGAACGGUCGCGACCUUAACGCCGUCAAGUUUUCGCUUGUGGUGGAGAACAUUUGAACACAUCACCAACAUUGCCGUCAUCACCACACUCAUACUCAUUAUCGUCGCCACGGCAGGCAGCAGCUUGCUUCCUUGUUUGUGCCUUUUCUGUGUUUACGACCCCAGGGGUGACCGACCCAGAUGGGCAGGUGACCCGGGGGAAGGCCUCUGGGGAAAGGCAGCGGUGGUGGGAACGCACAGAAGCGGGAAGAAGCCGCGCAGCCGGACGACUGACAUGGAUACUGCCCGGAGGAGGAGGCUUUUGGUGGACGGGGGGGCCCAAUGCAUAGCUAAUUUGAAGUCCAAUGUUGAUUGGCAUUGCUAACGCUACAACUUGCCUUUGCAUUUAUGGUGAAUGGCUUGAGUGGGGCAAUUUUUAAGUGACAAGUGUGCGCUUUUGUGACUGAUGAAACAGUGGGGGCCCGCAUGGGGGCGCCGGGGGCAUGGCGGCGUCUGCGUGAAGACGUGGAUUUGAGGAAAGAAACCGCUGCGAGCCCGGUGAUGAUGAUUGCAUUACGUAAUAGUUUUUUUUACACAGAGCGGUUGGAACGGGGACCAUGUCUUGCCUAACAAAAAGGGGAAGGGCGGGCAUGUUGGUGUUUGCGUUUUGCGUUAUUAACAGAUAUAGCCCCACCUUUUCUGUGUGUGCCUCGGUGGGGUCCUAUCUACCUGCAGGUAGUGUGUGCGUGCGCGUGUUCGCACGUGCAUGUGGUGGUGCCUUUGUCAGGAUGGAUCACAUGUCGUACUAUGCUCGCUUUUCUCUGUCGUCGGCUGGUGGAGGGAGGGGGAGAGGCAGGGAGGGAGGAAGAGGAAGGUGCCCACCGCGACAAGUAUGAUGACAAGUAUGGAGGCGUUUGGGUCCCCAAUUGAAAGAGAACUGUGUGAGUUGAGUUGGCUCCGCCCCGCCAUCCGCUACUUGUAGAAGCGAUUACCCAGUCAUGAUGAUGUUGCGGAACAUGAUGAGGGUGUUUCUUAAAGUCGACCAUUUCGCAUCCCUCCGC